AUGAAAAACUGGAUCCUAUUAGCUUUGAGAGCAUGUAGAGCAAUAUCUCCAGAGCCAGGGACAGCAGUAAACAACGUGCUCGAGAACUGGAGCCUGGAUUUCGAUGAGUAUGUAGAGAAAAAUAUACAAGCUGGAAGAAAUAAGGAAGGAAUUGUUAGGUACUCCAGCAAAUGCUCUGGAAACGACUGCAACUCCGAGAAGACAGGAUGUGCUGAUAACCUUUGCAAAAGUAAGCCAGGGAAGUUUUCGUAUAGAUAUGAUCUUUUAACUUAG